AUGGCGCGAGGAACGGAGGGGACGGAGGAGCUCGAGGCUGCGGCGAAGGAGCUCGAGGCCUCGCUCGUCGCUCUCAGCCCCCCCAACCAUCCCUCCAAGCAUCCCUUGCCCUCGCCCGCUGUCUUGGCUGCUCCUUGUCUCUCAGCGUCCUGUCCUGCUGGCUCGACCCCAUGCCUGAUGGGUCUAGAUGUGCGGCUGGAGUCCGAUGCCGAGGAGAGAGCAUGGCAGCCCUGCCGAAGCCUCGCACAGCUGAAGAAAGCAGAGGCGCUGGCGGAGAAGGGGCAGGCGAUCGCGCAGAGGACAGGACAGUGGCUGAAGAAGCGACUGAGCGACCGAAACCUGGACCGAGGGGAGCGAGCGGAACUGGAGAGCAUCGGGAGGCGGUUUGAAGCGGCAGGAAGGAGGUUCGAGGAGGUGUCAAGGAAGAUAAUUGACCAGCGGUACCUGCCUCAUCAGUUCGUGAUCGAGGACAUUUGUAAUCAUGAAGAGAUGGCGAUUGCUAUCAAGGACAUGCACGUUCGGGGAGCAGGUCUCAUUGGUGCAGCAGCAGGAUAUGGCAUGUUUCUUGCAGCCCUGAAGGCACCAAAGACAUCUCCAGAAGAGCAUCUAACGUUUGUGGAAGAAGCUGGUCUGUUCCUCAAGUCUACACGCCCCACAGCCGUCAAUCUUGAGUUUGCGGUGGAGAGGCAGCUCAGUCACAUGAAGGGCAUCAGCGACGUCGAGGAGAGAGUUCGAGCUUGCAGGGAGAUGGCUGGGGUGAUUGCAGAUGAAGAUGCACAGUUCUGCUCCAAGAUCGGGCAGCAUGGCGUGACGAUCAUUGAGGAGAUCUACAAGAAGAAGGGUGCUCCUGUCAACAUCCUCACCCACUGCAACGCCGGCUGGUUGGCCUUCGUCGACGUCGGAUCCGCCACGGCCCCGAUCUACGAGGCUCAUAACCGUAACAUCCCCAUCCAUGUCUAUGUGGACGAGACGCGUCCUCCGGAACCCACGGGAGCCAGUCUGACCGCCUGGGAGCUCUCAAAGCACGGGGUCAAGCACACCAUUAUCGCCGACAACUCAUUCAGGUUUGUCGCCCUCCCCUCCUCCACCUUCGACUGGACUCGACGAGAUGGGGUGAAAGAGAUCCCAAUCGAAUCUCGAAACGAGAACGAGGUCAAAUUCAUCCAGGGGCUGCACCAAGAAAGCGGCAAAGUCCUCGAAGUCCUCCUCUGCCCAGCUGAGAGUCCAGCUGCCAACUAUGCCUUCGACGUGACUCCUGCUCGACUGCUGUCGGGCUUGAUCACCGAGCGUGGAGUUUGCCGUGCAGAGGAGCAAAGUAUUCUUGAGCUCUUUCCUGAGAAGAAAUGA